UAGUAGUCAGUUUCUCGUGCGAUUUUUUCAAUGCGUGGAUCCAAGAUGUAAGGAGCCAAGGAGCCUUUCGUUUCGACAUAAAAGACAGGAUCAAAUCUAUCUAGCAAUCUAUCUUUUACCUUUUGCCUCCAGUCUUCAAAGUUCCAAAGAGGACAAAGCGACAUAGUCUCAUCUGAGAGUCAUAUGAAGGAACCAUGAUGCCUCAAAGAGGAACAUUGGCGAGGGCAUUGGUGUUGCUGGCAGCCUUACCCGUACAAGCCCAACACCUGCUGGAUCCGUUGGAUCACAUGAAUGUGGAUGCCUCCCGUUCUGGAAUUGUGGAUGUGGUGACGACGAGCGCAACAUUCCUAGACGGGGCUCUGGUGGAACAGCAAGAGCAGCUUGGAUUCUGUCAUAUCGGACUCGUGAUUCCAUUUACCAUCCUGACAGACACGGGUAGGGCGCGUUGCAAUUGUCCCUUUGAGGACGUCUUCACGGGAGGCAUGGCUGCCGUUCAUCUGGCGAUGGAUAUGCUCAACAAGGGAGAUGGGUCGGUCGUCCCAGAGAUUGAGGGCUUGAAUGAACGCUGUCCCAUUCGAUUCACAGCCGAAUCCUUUGAUUCUACGGCAAGCGCUGCUCUGACUGUCCAAACCGUCACGGAUGUCUUGAGACGUACCACUCCAGAAGAGCGAGAGAUUUGCGCCUUUUUGGGAGCCACUCGAUCACCCGUCACUUUGCCCAUGGCAAUAUUGACGAGUCUGGCAAAUCGUCCACAGCUGACACCAUGGUCCGUUUCUUCCCAACUCGACGAUCGAGUUACCUUCCCAUUGCUGGGCCGUCUCAUUACUUCCGAGUUGGGCCUAGUGGUUCCCUUUUUAUUGUACCUGAGACAGAAAAAUGUCAAUCAUCUAGGAGUUAUAAUAUUCAACAAUAGCUACGGAAAGGCCUACGUGGAAUCUCUCUUGCAGCAGGCAGAGACCCAUCAUCCCGACUUGUCGGUGGUUGUGGCCGAAAUUCCGUUUGCCGAGGGAACCGAUGAGGACUACGAGAGCGCCGUUGAUACCCUUGUCCGCUCUCAAUUUCGAUGGUUCAUUGGCCUCUUUGGGUCGGCCCGGUACUACAACCCCAUCAUGUCUAUUGCAGUACGCAAGGGCAUUGCUGGGACGGGGAAACAUGUGUGGCUUUUCAACAGUGGAGCUAUAAACAUUUUGGCGUCUAGCAUGACGGUGGAAAAGGGAACGGACCUUCACAGAGCUACCCGCGGCAUUGGUAGCUUUUCCUCCCAAAACGGAAGGCCUGGCAUUCCCGAAUUUGACAAGUUUACAGAACGAUGGAAGCAACUUGCCAAUGAUGAAGAUUUGGAGUAUCUCACAUCCCAACUGCCAAAGUACGUGGAGCCGGACUUUGAAGGGCCCGUGGUCACAUUCAAGUCAUUUGACAGCGACCCGAGUAUCUUUGCCUCCACUCUGUUUGAUGAAACUAUCAUGCUAGGAUUGGCAGCCUGCGCUGCAGCGGCCGACAGUGAGGACUCAAUUUCCGUUGACGGCAAAGGCAUGUUCCAACACAUUGUAUCCACCACUUUUCAUGGUGCCACAGGAAAUGUCACAUUGGAUCCAUCGACGGGAUCUCGCCUUCCCACGACAGCCAUCUUUCGAAUCGGUAAUGCCAUUGAGGUGCCGGUCAAUGAUACCCAUGUCACAUACAAAGUGGUGGAUAGCGAUCUAUUCUUGAAUGGAGAGUGGGUCGAAGAAGCGCCCUACAUAUACAACGAUGGGACCGCCAACAUUCCUAGUGACAUACCACCGCCAGAGACCAACUACCAUUACAUUGGGACGCCGAUGAGAGCCGCCGGUGUGGCCAUGGCAGUCUUUGUUGCGUUGCUGUCUCUUGGAUUUGCCGGAUGGACCAUUUACAACAGAAACGUCCACGUCGUCAAGGCAUCGCAGCCAAUCUUCCUCCUUCUAUUGUGCUUGGGAACUCUCACUAUGGGUAUGGCGAUUGUACCUCUCAGUAUCGACGACGAAAUUGCAACGGAAGCAGGUUGCGACAUUGCCUGCAUGGCAUUCCCUUGGCUAGCCUCCAUUGGGUUUGUCCUCAUCUUUGCCGCUCUCUUCUCCAAGACAUAUCGCGUGUACAGGAUCAUGAAUCAGCCCACGUACCACAGGGUCAUCUUAUCGGCCUUUGAUGUCAUGUCUCCGUUGCUGUUUCUCAUAACGUUGAACGUAAUGGUGCUUGCGUUAUGGACGGCAGUGUCACCUUUGGAAUGGGAUCGUCAGGUCACGGUCAGGGGGAUGUUUGGUAGGCCCACCGAGUCUCGGGGAUCUUGUGUUUCCGACAAGAAUACGCCGUUCGUGGUCACGUUGGUGGUUAUGGACCUUGGUGCUCUUGUCCUGGCGUCGUAUCAGUCAUAUGUCGCCCGUGGCAUCGCAACGGAAUUUGCAGAAAGCGACUACAUCGGCAAGGCUGUCGCAUGCAUGUUGCUGGUGUCGUUUGUUGGAGUGCCGACCAUCUUUAUCGUGUCGGACAAUCCACAGGCCGAGUUCUUCCUGAUCACUUGCAUCAUCUUUGUCAUCUGUACCGCUGUCUUGCUCUUCCUUUUUGUUCCCAAGAUUAUGGCGGCCAGAAAGGGGUUUGACCAAACAGCUGCAAUUCGAAGAUCGUCCAUUAACCUGGGAUCCCUUCGAGACCACACUUCGACUGGUUGGAGGGGAGGGCAAAGCCAACCAGGUUCCCAAAUGUGGUCCAGGAACAGAAACGUGCGGUUCGGGUUAGUAGAGGACGUGAAGGUACUGGUACACGAAAGCAACAACCUUCUGGAGGAUUCAGGGGAAGGAAUUGCCAUUUUCAAUACGUUGGAUGAAUAUCGUCGGCUCAGUGAGGAACAUCAAAAGCUGCUAGAGAAUACGCAGGAACGCAAGCUGAAAACGAAAAGCUUCUGAGCGAAAUCAACGAACUCAAGGCAAAACUGGGCGAGUCAGGAAACCGUGGCACUGAGUUUACAAUCCCGGAAGACGACUCAGCUUUGGAAAACAUGGUCGGCGUGUCGGAACGUCGCGACACUGAUGCAGAACUGCCCAAAGCCGAGCAUGGAGAAGGAGACGAAGAUAACGUCGAGGCUGAAGGUUGAUGACGCAUUGCCUGCGUUUCCUGCCCUCCUACUUCAGGUUGCACGCCACAAUCACCAUUCCUUUUGGAAGGACAACAAAAGGAUCCUUACUACAGAGCUGGAACGAACCUAGGAUACGUCGUCUGCUUUUACAAAGCAGUGCCAACACAAAUUGCACGAGCAAGACGAAUGCUUCCGGAAGCAAACUACGGGUUUGGUGAUUAUGAGUGACGAGUCGUUGCCAAUGGCUUGGAUCGUCGCCGCAAACCAGGCCAAAAACUGCAAACUCUCUUGUACCGGUACCAGGUACAGUCGGAGCAACGUGACGUCGGGGUGUUUCGAAAAGAAAUCUUAGAAUUGUUUUUGGCGGGUGAGGCGACGAGCACCCAGAUGACACAACAUUGCUACUUCCUCACAAUGGUCAAUGACUCCGUCUCAAAAACGUAGCAUCAGGAGGUCAAAGCCAGCCUUACGAGGAACAUGCACCAAGAGCCAGGAGGCCCCGUGGCCUUUUCGCUAUCCCGGGCUCUUGUCGCCACCAUUGGUACCAGUAGCAAGGAAGACGGCUAUUCAUGGAGACGGCUCCAGGAAAUCAAUCUUUCAGAAAGCGUAUUGGGAGGUGAACCAUUCGUGCGAGUCACGAAAUUGCCACCACAUGCAGGUCGCUUAGGUCCUACUAUAGCCAGCAGGAGGCCGCAAAAGAAUGCAGGUCGCUUAGAUCCUACUAUAGCCAGCAGGAGGCCACAAAAGAUCGAAGGGUCCACCUCAUAUUACAAUUAUAGUUCUUCAGGCUUUCUACCGGUAACUCUGAAGUAUCAGUUGCAGUAGAAGCUCUUGCUUCUCUACAAGAAAACGUAGAAUUUCAUUCAUGAGGUGCUCCGUAGCAGAAGGCAAC